AUGUCGCUGCCUUCUCUCACAGACCUCGUCAAGCGUCCAGGAAUAGGCACGCUUGGGAGAUCAAUUCAGGUUCGGACUAACCAUUUCGGAAUCCAAAAGCUUCCAGACACGCUGAUCUACCACUAUGAUAUUUCCAUUACGCCAGCAAUGCCUGUUGGUGUAAACCGAAAGAUCUUCACAGAAUUCAUGAAUCUUUAUGGAGUAUCCGAUCUUGAUUGCAAGCAUCCUGUUUACGAUGGUCGAAGCAAUAUGUUCUCACCAAAAGAAUUCCCUUUUGAGACUCGCACAUUUGAUGUCACGUUAAUAGAGGAAACCAAUCCCAGAGGAGAAGCGCCUUCGUUCAGAGUCAGGGUCAAGAAAGUUGCGACGAUCAAUUUAUGGGAGCUGCAUCAGUUCCUUCAAGGCAAAUCACGCUUGACCAAUAACUGUCUAGCGUCAAUUAUGGCUCUUGAUAUCCUUAUUCAUUUCAAACCUGCUAUGCUAUAUUUCAUCGUCGCGCGGUCCUUUUUCCUCCCCACCAACAAGCAGAUCCUCGCUGGUGGCCUUGAAGCAUGGCGAGGUUUCUAUCAGUCUGUGCGCCCUGCUGCCGGCAAGCUGACAAUCAACAUUGACAUCUCAGCUACCGCUUUCUAUCAAUCAGGGUCCUUGAUCGAGCAGACUUGCAAAUUCUUGAAUCUUCGAAGCACUGGUGACCUGCAUCGCUCGGCUCCACCCAUCAAUUGGGUACAGGUCGAGAGACACUUUAAGGGCGUCCGUAUCCGAGUCAUACACCGGCAGGCACGCAAGAGAACUUUCAAGAUCUAUGGUAUGACCAAGGCCUCAGCUCGCGAGACUGUCUUUAAAAUAUCUGCUGAGCGUAAGGAAGGCGACGUCGGCGCGUCUCAGGCUGAGGCCGAAAUCGACGUUGCCAGCUACUUCAAGCAGGCCUAUAACAUCAGUCUCAGUUAUCCAUCGCUCCCUUGCAUCGUUGUCAGCAAAAAGAUGAUCCUCCCAAUGGAGGUAUGCACCAUAGUCGAGGGCCAACGAUAUAUGAGGAAGCUUAACGAACGCCAGACAGCAGACAUGAUCAAAUUCACGUCUCAGUCACCAGCUGCCCGUGCUAACAUUAUUAAAGAUGGUAUUAACCUUCUGAAGUACGAAGAUAACGAGUAUCUGAACGAAUUUGGCUUGAAGGUAUCUAACGAAAUGGAAACUACCAAGGCACGAAUCCUACCUUCCCCAACCCUCCAGUUCCAUCCGACUUCAAAAGAGCCUCGCCACAUUCCUCGUGAGGGGGCAUGGAACUUGAAGGAUAAGAAGGUGAUCCGUGGCGCGACUCUUGGCUCUUGGGGUGUGGUAGUCUUUGGUAAUGAACGAACACUCCCACCCGGACAAGCCCAGGCUUUCCUACGCGAAUUCAUCGUAGCCUGCACAGAUACUGGCAUGGCUAUCCUAAAUAAGAAUCCCCCUAUCAGCUACCUUUCUCCACAAGGUAACAUCGAGGAAGGUCUCAAGAAAGCGUGGCUCCAGGCUGGGAAUGCGGUCAAGUCGCAGCCACAGCUGCUAAUCUGCAUCCUUCCCAACACUGGUGUACAGCUCUACGCUGAGAUCAAACGCGUGACUGAUACAUUUCUUGGCGUUGCGUCUCAAUGUCUUCAAUCGAAGCAAGUGGGGAACCCAAGGAGACAAUACUGUGCCAAUGUUUGCCUCAAGAUCAAUGUCAAACUCGGGGGUGCAAACGUUGAACUUGCCCCAGGCACCUUCCCAAUACUGACAACCAGGCCCAUCAUCAUAUUUGGUGCCGACGUUUCUCAUCCUCAACCAGGAGACGAUGUUCGUCCCUCAAUCGCUACUCUCGUUGGGUCAAUGGACAGUAAGGCUGCUCGAUAUGCUGCAGCCGUCCGUAUCCAGACUGCCAGGACCGAGACCAUUGCAGAUCUUUCUGAUAUGGUUAUGGAGCUCCUCAAGACGUUUUACCAGAGCUGCGGCGAAAAACCUGAGCGUAUUCUUUUCUUCCGUGAUGGCGUAUCAGAAGGGCAAUUCGCGGAGGUUCUCAAGAUUGAAGUCCCUGCUAUCCGAGCUGCCUGCCAGCGCUUAGAAAUCAGUUACAUGCCCGCAAUUACCUUUAUUGUUGUCCAAAAGCGACAUCGUACCCGCUUCUUCCCAAUGAAAGCCUCCGAUGGCGAUCGUAGCGGCAACUGCCUUGCUGGAACUGUCGUGGAUACAGGCAUCGUACACCCCUUUGAAUUCGACUUUUACUUACAAUCCCAGUCAGGGCUUUUGGGGACUUCGCGGCCAGUACACUAUCAUGUGCUCCUAGACAACAGUAAUUUCACAGCAGAUGAGCUACAAGACCUAUCAUUCAAGUUAUGCCACCUUUACGCGCGAAGCACGCGAGCUGUCUCUUUGGUACCCCCUGUCUACUAUGCUCACAUUAUUGGGACGCGCGUUAGGUACCAUUCACGAGGAGAUAUCUUCUCGGAGGGUUCUUCUGAGGGCACUGUCCCCAGUGGAAGUGGAGCUGCAAACUCCUACGUGACUGUGAGACCUGACUUGAUGAAAGUCAUGUGGUUCAUGUAG